UCUAAAUUAUGUAUAGGUUUUUCCAUUCUAAGGUUGGAAUUUUAUCAUAGUGGUAAAUGUUCAUAACAAAGGAAGGUUCUUUUUACGUUUCUAAAUAAAUCAGUAUUAUAUUAAAAGAAGUUGCUACCGCUUCUACUCUAACAAUUGUAUUCAAACGCUUUUAAAUAAAGAUUGUACCUACAAGAAAUGAAAGCUGGACAAAAAAACGUCGUUUGGCUUGUGAGCCAGUUGUAGCAGUAAAACAUUCCUCAAACCAAUCGAACAUAGAUAUGUUUUGUUGGGGGAGUACUAUAGAUGGGGAAUUGGGAUUGGGUGGUAUUGAGGAUGAAAAUAUAUUAAGUCCUCGUGAAGUUGAUUUUAAUAAAGCAGCGGAGAUAGAACAAAUUGCAUGUGGUGAAAAUUAUACAGUAAUUGUUACUCGUGACGGUAAAAUAUAUUCAUGUGGAAAUAAUGAUUCUGGCCAACUUGGCCAUGAAAAAGGAAGGAAACGAUUGCAACUGGUACCUGGUUUAGAUGCAUUUGUAUUUAAAAAAGUAGCCUGUGGUGCACAUCAUACAUUAGCAGUAAAUGAGUGGGGGCAGUUGUUCAGUUGGGGCUCCAAUGCAGAAGGCCAGUUAGGUUUAAAUUCUAAAACUGUUAUGGAAUGUAUGCCACGCAUGGUAAAAGUUUUAGGUACAAGUGUAAUCGUUCAAAUAGCUUGUGGUACGAAACAUACACUUGCAUUGACAAAUGACGGUGAAUUGUAUAGUUGGGGUUCCAAUAAUGAAGGUCAACUUGGAUUAGGUUCUGAUAUUAAGAAUGAGAUAAAGCCUAAACUUAUUACCAGUCUAGUUGGUAUACCUAUUGCUUUUAUCGCCUGCGGAGGAUAUCACAGUAUAGCUAUAUCAAAAUCAGGUGCUGUAUUUGGUUGGGGUAAAAAUACAUUUGGUCAGUUGGGUCUAAAUGAUACACAGGACAGAAAUGUUUCAUGUCUAUUGAAAACUUUACAAAAUUCAAAGGUGUGUUAUGCAGCUUGUGGUGAAGAAUUUUCUGUAUUUUUAACAUUGGACGGUGGUGUAUUUACUUGUGGGGCAGGAAUGUAUGGCCAGUUGGGCCAUGGAAACAAUUCGAAUGAAAUUUUGCCCCGUCGAGUUAUGGAGCUUAUGGGUAGCACUGUUACACAGAUUUCAUGUGGAAAAAGACACACAUUGGCAUUGGUGCCAUCACGAGGUAGAAUUUAUGCAUGGGGCUUAGGAGGAGCAGGACAAUUAGGAAGUCGUGUUGCAUGUAGUGCAGCUACUCCACAAGUAGUACAAGGGCCAUGGAUUGCACCAAAUGGUUCCUCAGUGAUGGACUUAGAUAAGGAGUUUAAGUCUUGUAAAAGUGACUACAUUGUUAGACACAUUUUUACUGGUGGAGAUCAUUGUUUUGCAACGGUAGUUCCAUACAAGGAUAAUGUGCAACCAGAUGACUGUAGAAGAUUAGAAACGUCUUGUAAAAUUCUCGAAAUAACUGAAGACCAGCUGAUGGCGUGUCAGCGAGUCCCACCAAGCUCGUCUGUUGAUCAUGAACUAAUGACGUACUUGGAGACGGUAUUUAAAAGUCAAGCCUGUGUGAAUGGAUCAUUUUUGCUUAACAGUGAUCGUCACUAUGGAUGCUCCAGUGAACAAAACGGACUAAAUUUUGAUGAAGCAAGUAGAUUAUUCGGAAUUAUUAGGGAACUGGAUAAUAGCACGAUUCAGGAACUGAUAUUUACUUGCAUAUCAGACAGCUUGAUUCCUUCUUUUAUUAGUACAUUCUCCAAACUACAUUGUCUGGAGUCUUUAAGAAUCUUCUUAAUACUACCUUUGUAUCACGGUUUUGCAAAUCCCCUUAACUGUAAUAUAUUGCAUAAACCAUUCUGUACAGCUGUUUCGGCAUUAAAACCAGAACUUCUUGAGGUAGUAUGUCAAUGGUGGAUCAAAGCGCCACCGCAUUAUUUUGAGAGACUAGUUAGAAUUCAUAAAUCAGUUGUUUUACAUUAUGUAAGACAGUCCACGCCAAAUAAGGGAGUCUUAUGGGACGACACAUUCCAAUUUGUGUUAGAUCUGUUACGCUUAUUAAACAAAUUAAACAAUGAGGGCGAGAAUGGUAACAUAGUAACUUAUUCUACGUUUCAUUUGCCAGAACUAGUGGAUUUUAUAAAUAUUAUAGGCGACUACGAGAAAUGGAUUUCAGAAAAGGAUACUAAUGUUUCCCAGAAAGUGUUCUGUCACUAUCCUUUCCUUUUUGAUGCUCAAGCUAAGACUAUAUUACUCGAAACAGACCAAGUUAUUCAGAUGCAAUCGGCAAUGGAUGAAGCUCUAACUCAAGCAAUGAUAAACCAGAUGUUUUUCGACCCCUUUUCUGUAAAUAUACGUCAACAGGGGCUAUUUGUAAUGUUAAACGUUUCGCGUGAAAGAAUUGUUGAGGAUACUUUGAUUGAAUUAUCUCGUUAUGAUUCCAGUGACUUGAAGAAGCCUCUUCGAGUGAAAUUUCAUGGUGAAGAAGCAGAAGAUCAAGGUGGAGUCAGAAAAGAAUUUUUUAUGCUUCUGCUGAAAGAAAUUUUAGACCCCAAGUAUGGUAUGUUCAAGCAGUAUGAGGAGACGAGGGUGCUUUGGUUCAGCGAAGACUCCCUGGAAGAUGAAAGCAUGUAUUUUUUAAUAGGGAUUCUUUGUGGGCUAGUUAUUUACAAUUUCAUUAUUAUUGAUCUGCCAUUUCCGUUAGCCCUAUAUAAAAAAUUGUUACAAGAACCAGUUGGAUUAUUUGAUAUAAAGGAUAUGUCACCAGUACUUGCAAAGUAUGCCGUUAUAUCGAAGACAACAAUUUUUCCUUCUAAAAUUAAUUAUUACAAAACGUAAUAAUAUUAUAAAUCUCAUUUUAGGAGCAUGCAAAAUAUGCUAGAUUAUGAGGAGUUGGAUUUUGAAGAUGUUUUUUGUUUGAACUUCGAAGUGGUUAGAGAGGCAUUUAGUGAGAAAAGGAUAUACGAACUUAUACCAGGCGGUAGUAAAGUUCCAGUUACAAUGAAGAAUAAAAAACAAUUUGUUGAGUUAUAUGUGGAUUACAUACUAAACAAAUCAGUAGAACCUCAUUUUCAGCAAUUUUACAAAGGUUUUCAUAAAGUCUGUGGUGGAAGAGUGCUGGAAUUAUUUCACAGUUAUGAAUUAAAAGCCGUAGUAGUAGGGAAUGAGGAUUAUGAUUGGGAGGAGUUAGAAAAGAAUGCUACUUACAAGGAAGGCUAUACGAAAAAUGAUCCUACUAUCGUAUUAUUUUGGCAAGUGUUUCGUGAAUUGACUUUGGAAGAGAAGAAAAAAUUUUUACUAUUUUUAACUGGAUGUGAUAGAAUACCUAUACAAGGCAUGAAAGCUAUUACGAUCACAAUACAACCGUUGAACAAUGAACGUUACUUACCAAUUGCUCACACAUGUUUCAAUUUACUUGAUCUCCCACGGUAUCAGACCAGAGAAAAACUACGAUACAAGUUAUUACAAGCCAUACAACAAACUCAUGGGUUUUCUUUAGUGUGAAACUUUUUACUAUU